CUUUUGACAACUUUACAAUUAAGUAGUGACAGCUAACCAAAAACAAUACAAGUCUCAAGUUAUCAGAACUUUUCGAAUUAGGAGUUGUAGUGCAGUGACCCGAAUAUGAACUAAAUAGGACUACGAAAAACAAAACAAAAUGUAUUUCGACGAGACAGGGUUAGCCAUGGUUGCUUCACCAGAUGCUGCUCAUUUGGUCGGUAUAGAUUCCGAGUUUAUACAAACUCAUUGUAUAUUAGCAGAUGGGGCUGAAAGAUUUGGCGUGUGUUCUAUUGCAUUCGAUAAAAGUGAGGAGCUCAUAUGGAUGGGUAAUGAAGGGGGUCAUGUAACAUCAUAUUAUACAGGAGCUAUGCAAAAGUACACUUCUUUCCAAGUACAUCCAACACAAGAAGUCCGUCAAAUUAUAACUCUGGAUAACGGUAUAUUGGCAUUAACUGCUAGCUCCUUGAGAUUUCAAAUGAGAAGAGGUAUACCACUACUAACUCAUACGGGUCCAAAUUUGAAUGAUAUGCAGUGUAUGUUGCAAGUUUCACCAUCAAGAAUACUCAUGGGUGGACAUCAAACUAAACUCAUUGAUUAUAAUAUAGAAUAUUCUAGAGAAUUGACAGCAGUGGAUGUAGGAGAUACAGGAUGUGCAAUGAUAAGGCCCCAUUCGAGAUUUAUUCUAUGUGGAUCUCCAUUGGGAAGAAUAGAUCUCAGAGAUCCAAUCACUCUGAACGUUGAACAUAAACUAGAGACGCACACUGGUAGUUUGAGCGAUUUUGACGUCCAAGGUAAUCUCUUGGUUACCUGUGGUUUCAGUAACAGGCAUGGUAAUUUGUCAGUGGAUAGAUUUCUGAAAGUUUUUGAUCUGAGAAUGAUGAGGGCUGUAUCUCCUAUUGCCGUAGUCACUGAUCCUAUUUACCUGAAAUUUUUACCCUCGGUCUCUUCGAGGUUAGCUGUAGUUUCCAGGAUUGGACAGAUACAAAUAUGUGAUACUAUUGCAUUAGCAGAGCCGAGGAUCUGUUUACACCAAAUCGAUCCACCAGGUGGAAUGUGUACAACAUUUGACAUAUCAGCAUCGAGCCAAGCGAUGGCUUUCGGAGACAACAUGGGGCAAAUUCAGUUGUUUUCUACAUGUGCUGACCCGAUAUUCAACUCGUAUUCGAAUAUCACAGAACACGCUGACCAUGUCCUUCAGAUUCCUUCAUUCGACAUUGACGAUUACAGUGUUCCUUUGGCAUCGGUUCCGAUGGCAGUUGUCGGACCUCAUGUCAACCUUUCUUCUAACUGGCCGGAACAGUUAACUAGAAAGGUUUAUAGGAGGGCCCCAGGAAUAGAUCCAGAAGUUCUGCGUACUAUGAAAAUGCAGGGACCGAUUGGAUACGCACCCAAUCCGAGGACAGUCAGGAGAAACCAAGUUAUCUAUAAUCUUGGAAGGAAUGGUUACCCGAUGAAUUACAAACACUCUCCGGAAAAUAAAGCUAAGGUUUCAGAUGACAACUCCAAUUUUGUUGCGAUACCGAAACGUUACAGGAAAUUAGAUGUGAAAUAUAACAAGUUAGGAAGUGAUGAUUUUCAGUUCGAUCAAUAUAAUAAGACUGUGUUCUCUGGGUUGGAGUCGACCUUGCCAAAUGCAUAUUGUAAUGGGAUGUUGCAGGUACUAUAUUUCUCAGAGCCUCUUAGAGCAGCACUGAUGUCCCAUCUGUGCGACAAAGAAUUCUGUUUGUCCUGCGAGCUUGGUUUCCUUUUCCAUAUGUUGUCUCUAUCCAAUACUGCUCCUUGCCAACCUGGGAAUUUCUUGAGAGCCUUCCGAACAGUACCGGAAGCUUCGGCCCUCAGCUUGAUCCUCAGCGAUCUGCAUGCCGAAGCGAAGAGCAAAGUAGACCUCGGUGCCCUCAUACAGAGUUGGAACCGGUUCAUGCUGCACCAGAUGCAUGUCGAACUUAUCGAAAACAAGAAAAAGAAAGAAGAGAGGAAGAUUGCAAGAAAGCCUUUUGUCUAUAGAGAAACAGACUUUCCGAAGAUCUCGAAUGAAAGGAAGAGGUCCAAUGGUGGAAUUAGCGAGAUAAAGAUAGAGGAAGAGAAACGGGAAGAAGAAUCAGAUAUCAGUCAUCUUUUUGGUACAAAGCAAUUGCAGAUUAAUAAAUGUUUGAAGUGCUCCAAUACUGUGAAAAAGGAGUCGAUGUUUUUGGCGUGUAAUCUCAAUUAUCCUACGAGUGAACCUGAUAAAGAUGAAUGGAGUUUCUGUGAUAUUCUGAAGAGGUCGUUGUGUCCACAGCAAACUACUCCCGCCUGGUGCGAUGUUUGUGGGAAGUUCACACCAACUACGCAAAAGAGAAUCUUACAGUCCUUGCCCAAGCUGCUAGCUAUCAAUACCGGUCUUCACAACCCAUCGCACAAACAGUUCUGGCAAAAUCAAAUGGACAAAGUAGUGGCUAAGGCUAACAUACCGGAUACUAUAAGAUCGUCAACCCCUAAUCCAGGAAUGAGCACCAAACCUUGCAGAUAUGGAGAUAGCUGUUCUAGGUUAGGUUGUAGGUUUAGGCACAGUUUUGAUAACGCCCCACCACCGAUACCAUCGAACAAUCCCUACUGUAGCAACAACUGGUUACCGCUAGGAAUACAUAUGAAUCUCAAAAACGACAUACUCAGCGUUGUAAAGGAAGAAGAAGGUAAAACUACGACCAGCAAAGAAAACAAUUCGGAUCAGGGAAACGAACUGUCAACAAGCUAUGAACUGUCAGCAGUCGUGUGUUACGUAAAAGACAGUGGUACCAACGGUAGCAACGAUAAACAUAACCUGGUAGCAUUGAUCAAAGUGCCACAUCGAUAUGUUCCUAAAGGAACGGAAGUAUCUGAAAACAAGUGGUACCUCUUCAACGAUUUUAGCAUCUGCCCGGUACCAGCACAAGAGGUUGUUUGGUUCAGUCUCGACUGGAAGACCCCUUGCGUCUUGUUCUACUCUACACCGGGUGUUUUAACAGCUACGACAGAGAUUCAUCCGACACUAACAAGGGAAGUAUUUACUGAAGAUGUUUGCCUUGCUAGAAACGGUGGUACUGCUGGAAUUACCUUCACACCAUUGAAUGACAGCGAAGCCUUGAAACCUGGUGAUCUGGUAGCGAUGGAUGCUGAAUUUGUAACGUUGAAUCAAGAGGAGUCGGAACUGAGAAGUGACGGUAAACUGUCAACUGUCAAACCGUCUCAAAUGUCAGUUGCGAGAAUCACUUGUAUCAGAGGACAAGGCGUUCUGGAAGGUACACCUUUUAUUGAUGACUAUAUUUCAACGCAAGAACAAGUGGUGGAUUAUUUGACCAAGUUUUCUGGAAUCAAACCGGGUGAUCUCGAUGCCAAUUUCAGCUCGAAGCAUUUAACGACACUCAAAUCGACUUAUAUGAAAUUGAGGUAUCUGCAGGAUACUGGAGUAAUUUUCGUUGGCCAUGGAUUGAAGAACGAUUUCAGGGUUAUCAAUUUGGUGGUGCCGCCCGAACAAGUUGUGGAUACAGUAUUUCUAUUUCAUCUUCCUCAUCAUAGGAUGGUGUCUUUGAGAUUCCUGGCAUGGCAUUUUUUGGGGUUGAAAAUACAGUCUGAAACCCAUGAUUCGGUGGAGGAUGCCCGAACAGCCCUACAAUUGUACAAAAAAUAUAAACAACUAGAGGCACAGAACAAGGUGGGAGAGGCAUUAGCAGAAUUGUAUGAAGCGGGAAAAAUAUUAAACUGGAGGGUACCCCCAGAUUAAAUGUUUCCAUUUUUAUUUGUCUAUUAUUUACGGAAUUAUUUUAGUCGAUCAAUUGAUGAAGUAAUUUAUAAUUUACAUAGCGCGAAAACGUAUUUUUGCAUUUAUUGAAAAUGUCAGAGGAGUCAUUCCAACAAAGUUUCGUCCAAAUCUAAUCAAAAACAGUGUAAUUCUCAUCGUGGGUAAUUUUAAAGUAAAUUAUUUUUUGAUAUUUUCAAUAAUAUAUGUUUUAAUAUUA